AUGCAGCGCUUACUCUUCCCACCAUUGAAGGCUUUGAUGGGGAACCCGGGCGUCCGGCUGCUUGUUCCUAGGGCGGCUCCCAGGGCACAGUGUGGUUGCAGCUGUGGGAUCAGGCGCCCCUUGUGGCCAGGGCAAUACAGCACCAUCUCUGAAGUAGCUUUGCAGUCUGGAAGGGGUACAGUGACCCUUCCCUCAAAGGCUGCUGAGAAGGUAGUGGGCCGAUGGCUUCUGAUCUGCAGUGGAACAGUAGCUGGAGCAGUUAUUCUUGGUGGAGUUACUAGGUUGACAGAGUCUGGCCUCUCGAUGGUAGAUUGGCAUUUAAUAAAGGAGAUGAAGCCACCUGCAAGCCAAGAGGAAUGGGAAGCAGAAUUCCAAAAAUACCAGCAGUUUCCAGAAUUUAAAAUCUUAAAUCAUGAUAUGACAUUGGCAGAAUUCAAGUUCAUCUGGUACAUGGAGUACUCACACCGAAUGUGGGGACGGCUCGUAGGCCUUGCAUACAUCCUGCCUGCUGCCUACUUUUGGAGAAAGGGCUGGCUCAACCGUGCCAUGAAAGGACGUGUUCUUGCCCUCUGUGGUUUAGUCUGCUUCCAGGGUCUGUUAGGAUGGUAUAUGGUGAAAAGUGGGUUAGAAGAAAAACCAGACUCCCACGACAUCCCUCGGGUCAGUCAGUACCGCCUUGCUGCUCACCUGGGGUCAGCCCUUGUUCUUUAUUGCUCCAGUUUGUGGACCUCACUCUCACUGCUGCUCCCUCAGCACAAGUUGCCUGAAACCCGCCAGCUUCUGUGGUUGAGACGAUUUGCUCAUGGAACAACAGGCCUCGUGUUCCUCACUGCUCUCUCGGGGGCUUUUGUGGCAGGGCUAGAUGCUGGACUUGUUUACAACUCCUUCCCCAAGAUGGGAGAAUCUUGGAUCCCAGACGAUCUCUUCACCUUCUCCCCUAUUCUGAAGAAUGUUUUUGAGAAUCCCACCAUGGUGCAGUUUGAUCACCGGGUUCUGGGAAUCACUUCAGUUACCGCCAUCACCGCGCUCUAUUUCCUCUCCCGGAGGGUUCCCCUUCCUCGAAGGACCAAGAUAGCAGCAGCAACUCUGCUAGCUCUGGCAUAUACACAGGUGGGCCUGGGCAUUAGCACUCUGCUUAUGUACGUCCCUACGCCUUUGGCUGCCACUCACCAGUCGGGCUCCUUGGCGCUGCUCAGUGGUGCCCUUUGGCUCAUGAGUGAACUCCGAAGAGUCCCAAAAUAAUUCCAAGAGGAUCAACUUUCUAGAACUGAAACUGCUUUUGAGAGCUCAUCAGAGAGCACUAGAAUUGGGACUUUUCUAAGAGGAUGACCUUGUGGUUUCCAAAAUUGUUAUUUAAAAUUCUUUGCCUGAUUUUGAGACAGUCACUACAUAAGAAUGUCAUGUAAGUAUAGCAAUUUUCAUGUUGAAAAUCAGUUUUACUGUAGAGAAAGAAAUGUCUGCUGUUUGUUGCUGCUUACUAGGCUGUCUUAGGUUUUUUCAUAUUGGCAAGCUUGUUCUGCAGGCAUAAUCUCUGUACCCUUGAGUCAUGAUUCUGCCUAAGUAGAAAUUGUCUAUCCUUUUAAUUUCUGUCGGGUAAAUACUCAAAGAAAAAAAUUGAUACACAGUAAAGUAAUCAGAUAGUCCUCAGGAAGAA